AUGUAUGUUUGGAUUAAAUCAGUAGUUUACCUAGCGGUCUUCGGCGGAAUCGGAUACAGUCUGCUGGAGCUGACCAAACCGAGCGAGGAUAAGCUAAAACAACUGCGCUACUCAAGUUUGGAAAGUGAAGAAAAGACCAAAAAGGCACUGUUUAUGAAGAAGCUCCAGCAAGCCAGUUACGAACAACCGAUCUAUCUGAAGAAAAAGAACGAAUAA